UGGCGGGCCCGCGCGGCAGCGACCGACAAUAAUGGCGGCACUCUACAUCAGACUCCACCCCCACCUCCCCGACCAACCACCGCAUCGCCACGCGACAGCGGCCUCCCGCCCCGAUCUCGCCCAACGCCGACGGCUGGGCCCCAGCCGUCAGAGGGACAGGCCGUGAAAGAGUUGUUGCGUGGGCCGCGGGCGGCCGCGGCGGCUGUUGGAUCCCGUGCGUGAGAACCUCCCGUCACCGUUGCUACUUCCGCCGCUGCAUCGCUUCGCUUCAAAUGGCAGCAGCGGCGCAGGGUGAGCGGCCUCGAGGUUGACCCUGGCGCGCGCGAGCUCGCACCCGGCCAUGUCGGCGCCUGGCGCGGAGUGGGCCGUGGGCUUCCCCGCCGAACACGGCCUCGCGCGCGCAGCCUCUUCCGUGCCCCGUGAUGGCUUUCUCUCGCGCGCCGGGUACGCUGACUUCUCCACCGGCUUCGAUGAUCCCCAACUCCCGCCGCUGCGGCUCCGCGCCUCGUGCGGCAGCGACGCGCUCGCGAGCCCUGGCUCCAGCUCCUCCUCCGACACCUUCGUCAGCAUGCGCUCGACGCCCUCAGGAAUGCUGAAUCCGUACGGGCUGUGGUCGCCGCCGCGCGCGCCGUCUGAGGCGUCGUCGUCGGAGAUGGAGUUCAGCACGGCGCGCGAGUACGACACCACCGACCUCUUCUUCGGUAAAAACUGGCUCUACGACGACCUCCUGUUCCACGGCAAGCCCGAGAGAGACUGCGGCGAAGGGGACGACAAGUUCAUUGUUGGUCCUGACGUCAGCUCGCGGGGGAGUGAGAUGCGGGAGCUUGGCGAUGGCGGCGGGCGUCGGCACGUUCAUAGAGACGGCAAUGCCGACUCUGAUCGAUGCGCAGAUGUUAACACGUGCUCUUGCUGCUACGGGGAAAGGAAGAAUUGUGACGAAUUCGUGAGAAAUUAUUGCUCCGCUGUUUAUGGAAGGUAUCAGAUCAUGGACGACCAGACGGAGUUGCUGGAUGAGUGUGUUGCAGAAACGUUCCGGUUCACGCUGACCGAGGAUGGUGAUGCCGAGCUCAAGGGCAAUCCAUUAAUUGAUCCCAGAAAAGGAGAGGACGAGGGGUUAGAUCUUAGUGCUUUGGAGAAGGAGCUUCAAAUGCUUAGUCCGUACUCGGCUGAUAUAGAUGCUCUUGAGAACCCUGGGCUUGAACAUGACUUCAGAGGCAAUGAGAAACUAGAUAUUUGCAUGGUAACGAAUGAGGAAAUUGCUGAUGGCGAAGAAUUUCUAAAAGACAGCUACAUUGUAAAUCCUUACCCUGAGAGUGGUGAUCCUGAAGAUGUUUACAGGGUGGAAGACUUCGGGGCAGCAGAUACAGAUGUUGAAAACCCUACUGCUCAUAAAUUUCAGGAAGAUCCGAAAAUUGAUCCUGCACUCUCUAAGUUUCAUCAGGAGUAUGAGGUAUUUGAACUGAAAGUUUUCCACCGGAAGAACAGGACUGGCUUCGAGGAAAACAAAGAGUUCCCUAUUGUCAUAAAUUCGGUUGUAGCCGGAAGAUAUCGUGUCACUGAGUAUCUUGGCUCUGCUGCAUUCAGCAAGGUUGUAAGGGCACACGAUCUUCGUGCAGGAGUUGAUGUAUGCCUUAAAAUAAUAAAAAAUGACAAGGAUUUCUUUGACCAGAGCUUGGAUGAGAUAAAGCUCCUUAAGUUUGUCAAUAAAUACGAUCCGGAAGAUGAGCAUCAUAUACUACGUCUCAAUGAUUAUUUCUACUAUCAGGAACAUCUCUUCAUUGUAACUGAAUUACUGCGCGCUAAUCUUUACGAAUUUCAGAAAUAUAACCAGGAAUCUGGUGAUGAGGUGUACUUUUCAUUGCCCAGAAUACAGGCUAUAGCUCAACAAUGCUUGGAGGCUUUGGUGUAUUUGCAUCAUUUAAAUAUAGUUCACUGUGACCUGAAACCAGAGAAUAUCCUUCUGAAGAGCUACAGCAGAUGUGAAAUUAAGGUUAUUGAUCUUGGAAGCAGUUGCUUCUUGUCAGACAACUUAACCUUAUAUGUUCAAUCACGUUCUUACCGAGCUCCUGAGGUCAUCCUAGGUUUGCCAUAUGAUCAGAAAAUUGAUGUUUGGUCUCUUGGCUGCAUCUUGGCUGAACUGUACACUGGUGAAGUACUCUUUCCUAAUGAAUCUGUGCCAAUUAUUCUUGCUCGUAUGAUUGGGACAAUUGGUCCAAUAGACAUGGAAAUGCUUGCAGUGGGACAGGAGACCCAGAAGUAUUUCACAAAUGACUAUGACCUUUUCCACAAGAACGAGGAGACAGAUCAGUUGGAGUAUUUGAUCCCUGAGAAAUCCUCUUUGCGGCGCCACUUGCAUUGUCCCGACAAGAAGUUUGUUGAUUUUCUGUCUUACCUACUGCAAAUAAAUCCCAGAAAGAGACCAACGGCCAGUGAAGCGUUGCAGCACCGAUGGCUGUCGUUAGCAUAUCGUUGAGCUGCCAAUCAAGAUCUUUCCUCGCAAGCAGGGAAGCACUCUCUGAAGUUCCUCAGCUCAUGAAACAACACAUUUUCCUUUUGCAGCAGGAUUUGGCUUUGUGUUUUUUCCCCCAGGUCAAUCUUUGGCAUUGAAACCCUUUUUUGCAAGGUGAAUCGAUCGUCAAUACACACUAGUUCGUGCAUGUACAUAUGAGAAAAAUUCUUUGUGGUAUCUGUACAGAUGCCAUGUACCCCGACGUAAUUAUUCUAAUUCAUAAAUAGCAAAUAAAAUUGUUA